GGGGCGGCGGGAGGCGGGGCCCUCAGCGCUCCGGGCCGAGCCAUCGCUCCCCAGCGCGGGGGUGAGGAGGCGGGGCCUGGACAGCGGCGUGCCGGGAGCGACCCCUGCGCCGAGGGCCGGAUGGUUGCGCCCGGAGACGGCGGCCAAUGAGCGGCCGGGAUGUUGGAGCGGAGGCGGCGGUCCCGGCGCUCGCUGGCUGAGAGACGGCAGCCGCCGCCAUGAUGCUUGUUUGCUUUCAAUGAAAGCGAGGGGGGCGCGGAGGAGGAGGCGUCGGCGUCGGUGGCGGCGGCGUCGGCGGCGCGGAGACGAAGGCGGCGGCGAAGGGGGCGGCGGGCGCAGCGAGGAGGGCGAGGCCGGGAGCCGAGAGGGCGGGAGGGCGUAGUGGCCGCCCGUCGGGGCGGCUGAGGCGGGCGGCUGAAGUAGUGGCUCUCGGAGGGGGAACAAAGAGCGGCGGCGACGGCGCUGCAGCAACGGGCGGGACUGGUAUGGUGGUUCCACAGGUCAGACCGCGCUGCACUCACAGGGAGGAGGCGGCGGCAGCGGCGGCGGAGGGCGGCGCACCCCGAGAGGCAUGCCCAAAGAAAAAUACGAGCCCCCUGACCCUCGGAGGAUGUAUACAAUUAUGUCUUCUGAGGAAGCAGCAAAUGGAAAGAAAUCCCAUUGGGCAGAGCUUGAAAUAAGUGGAAAAGUAAGAAGCUUAAGUGCAUCUUUGUGGUCACUAACUCAUCUGACAGCUUUGCAUUUGAGUGACAAUUCCCUGUCCCGAAUUCCUUCAGACAUUGCUAAGCUUCACAAUCUGGCAUAUUUGGACCUGUCAUCUAAUAAAAUCCGUAGCUUACCCGCAGAACUCGGAAACAUGGUAUCACUCAGGGAGCUCCAUUUAAAUAACAACCUGUUACGAGUUCUACCUUUUGAGCUGGGAAAACUGUUUCAGUUGCAGACUUUAGGCCUGAAAGGAAAUCCCCUUACCCAGGAUAUAUUGAACCUUUAUCAGGAACCAGAUGGAACAAGACGGCUGCUGAACUAUUUGCUUGAUAAUUUGUCAGGUACUGCAAAAAGAAUUUCAACAGAACAACCACCUCCAAGGUCUUGGAUUAUGUUGCAAGAACCAGAUAGAACAAGGCCAACUGCCUUGUUUUCUGUCAUGUGCUAUAAUGUUCUUUGUGAUAAAUAUGCGACCCGGCAGUUAUACGGCUACUGUCCAUCAUGGGCACUAAACUGGGACUACAGGAAAAAGGCCAUUAUUCAAGAAAUCUUGAGCUGCAAUGCUGAUAUCGUAAGUCUUCAGGAGGUUGAAACGGAACAGUAUUACAGUUUUUUUCUGGUAGAACUGAAAGAACGUGGCUAUAAUGGAUUCUUUAGUCCUAAGUCUAGAGCUAGGACAAUGUCAGAACAAGAAAGGAAACAUGUUGAUGGCUGUGCAAUAUUCUUCAAGACAGAAAAAUUUACUUUGGUUCAGAAACACACUGUUGAAUUUAAUCAGCUAGCCAUGGCAAAUUCUGAAGGGUCUGAAGCUAUGCUGAACAGAGUCAUGACAAAAGAUAACAUUGGAGUUGCAGUACUGCUAGAACUUCGAAAGGAAUUGAUUGAAAUGUCAUCUGGAAAGCCACAUCUUGGAACAGAAAAACAACUUAUUCUUGUGGCUAAUGCUCAUAUGCAUUGGGACCCUGAAUACUCUGAUGUGAAGUUGGUGCAAACUAUGAUGUUCCUCUCAGAAGUGAAGAACAUUAUUGAUAAAGCCUCUCGUAACCUCAAAUCCAGUGUAUUGGGAGAAUUUGGAACUAUUCCACUUGUGUUAUGUGCAGAUCUUAAUUCUUUGCCAGAUUCUGGUGUUGUAGAAUAUUUGAGCACAGGUGGAGUAGAAACAAAUCACAAAGACUUUAAGGAGCUGAGGUAUAAUGAAAGUCUCACAAACUUCAGCUGUCAUGGGAAGAAUGGAACCACCAAUGGAAGGAUCACUCAUGGUUUCAAGUUAAAGAGUGCCUAUGAGAGUGGUCUGAUGCCUUACACAAAUUACACAUUUGAUUUUAAGGGUAUAAUCGACUACAUUUUCUAUUCUAAACCUCAGCUGAACACCUUAGGCAUCCUGGGCCCUCUGGACCACCACUGGCUGGUUGAGAAUAACAUCAGUGGCUGCCCACACCCCCUCAUCCCCUCUGACCACUUCUCACUUUUUGCACAACUGGAGCUCUUACUGCCUUUAAUGCCCCAAGUCAAUGGCAUCCACCUUCCUGGCAGGAGGUAGUCAAGCACCUUCGGAGGACAGCCUCGAUUCACUUGUAAACUUGUGAAAAUCUGAACAUAGGGGAGUGAGGUAUGGCCACUGAGGAUUUUUGUUUGCUUAAGAAUGAUUUGAAUUUUCAAUCUGAUUAUAUGAUAAGGAUAUAGUAUGAAAGCCAGGUGCUAGCAACAGACAAAUUCUGAGCCCAAUAUGCUUUAUACUGCUAGACAGGGAUUGGUGUGUUUGCACCUAUCUUUAAUUUGUUAUAAGAAAUUUUCCUAUUCUAUCCAAUAUAAUAUUUUCAUGCCUUGAAAUAGGAAAAUGUUUAAAGAGCAUAUUCUCUUUGCACAGAAAUCUGUAGCACUACUUUUUUGAGGCCAGUAGUAACAUCCAGAGACCAUUCUUCCAUACUUUACUCCCUCCUUUUUCAGACUUGUUUGUAAAAUACAGAAUUUGAAUUUAGCCUUUAUGAUUGUAUAUGAUCCACAGAAAACCUGAUUUAUGAAAUUUUGUACUAAAAAAAAAAAUCAUUUGGAAAUGAUUGUAUUGUAAACUAAGGCUAAAUUUUUUUUAAAACCUGUUUCAUGUGUUAUAAAUGCCAGCUUGUAAAAGAAGCUGCAACAGACUUUCUCUGCUCAUGAUUUGCACUCUUAGGGUUUUGUGAGCCCUUUUGUACUACUUUAUUUUUAAAUUGAGAACAUGGUUCUUUAAAUAUAAAUCUGCUUAAACCUUAGGAUGUUUUCAGACCAGAGGCAACUUAUUGAUGAAUUUUUAUGAAAACUAUCUACCAGGACAGAUAAGCUGAACAGUGAUGAUCUGUAGGCAUUUAUGGACUGAAUGUAAUGGUUGAUAUAUGUACAUUCUGAUAUUUUUAAAUCUUUAACUUUUUUAAGUUAAAAAACUACAGCUGCUAAGGUACAGCUUAACUCCUUUUUGAGACACUUCCUGUCCUAUCUCCACUGUGCCUGCCUAAAUUUGUUCUCACCAAGCACUGCCUGUGCAUGCAGAGAAAAUCUGUGCAUCCUCUUUUAUAUUUUUAAAAUACUGUUUAACAUUUGUGAGAAUUUUAUGAAAAUGCUUUUGUAUGAGCUGUGGCUUUGUUUUCCAUUGUGAAGCAUCAAAUAUCGCAGUUUGGAAUGUGUUUAUGGGGUGGGUCCCUGGAUCUUUGCUCACCAGAUCCAAGCACUGCUUCUCGGUGUCACUGCAGCGUACUGCUUGUCACCCAGAAUGCUACUAUCAUGUGAAUUCUUUCUGUUGUCCGUGUAUUCCUUAGUCUUUUUUUUUUAAUCAUUCCUUAUUUAAGAAGAAGUAAUUUUCCAUUUAUGAAGCAGUAUAAAUUAGAUGCGUUUUCAAAACAGGUCCCUAAGACAAUUGUUCAGAUCAUUUUUAAAAUGACUAAGUCAUUUUAGUAUGUCAACCAAGAUAAAAGUUACAUCACACCCUCGAUUUUGCCCGUAGUGCCAUUAGUAGAAUAGAAAUGAAAACCAGCUUUAACUUUGCAAAGUGAACGUGUACAUGGUCUGUUCUCAUUUAUUCAUUCUUCUGUGAAAAGUCAAAUGAAUUCAGAGGGAGCUUGGUCAAACUGCUUUUGUUUCAGCUGCAGGCAGGGGAGUCAAAGGACACCAUGUGAGCAUUAGGAAAAAAAAUGUUGACUGUUAUUAACAAUUUUUAUACAGAGAGUGAGUCAUUUUGGAUAAUGACUUAAAAUUUUAUGAAAAAUGUUCAGCACUUAAAUGUGCUUAUUCUGUUUUUAAGAGAAAAUAAAAUUACAUACUGUUUAAAUAAAUGAUUCUUCUCCAAAGGGUUUUGAUCUUGAAUCUUUGUCUUGGACCUGUUUUUUCCUUUGAGGGUUUUUGUUGUUUUUUUUAAGAUUUCAUUGUGAUGUUUUGGUUUUGUUUUUUGCUUUUUGUUUGAGUUGUGCUGACACCAAACACGUCCAGUUUAUAAUCAGUACAUUGGAAAGCUGGUAUUGAUGUAGAACCAGUACAUAACUUUUUAUGGGGUUUUUGUUAUCGUUUUUAUUUUUUAUUUUAUUUUAUUUUUUUGUAAAGUGUGAAUAAAAGGUAUGUUUACUCAUUUUUCCUAAACACUGUGUUGGUAAUAUGCAUCAUGACAAUUUCCAGUGAAGGUAAGCUGGAGCUGGUUGGACUAAUGAGACUGAGGAAGCAGCCUUUCCUACGAUCUGCAUUAUGUAAUCACAGGUCCAGAGAGCUUUAUGGAAGGGGGAGGGGAGGAGCACUUACUCAUUUUGUAUUUGUUAAUGGAGGAUGUAAUCUUUUCGUAGAUGCUGGAACUAGAGUGCACUUGUUAGAUGCUAAAGGUUUGAGCUUUACACAAAAUGUAUUCAUCUGUAUUUGUUAUUGUCUAUAAUAUAUUUGAAUUUGGGGCAGCAUAUUAAGAUAUAAUGGCCUGUUAUGUCUUGAAAAUACUUGUUUUGCCUCUUCCAGGCAUACUGCAUUAUGUGGAUCAGUUUGAACAGCUUCUCCACCUUAGUUUGGACACUGAUUAAUUGAACCAAGAGUGUAGAUUUACAAUUUAACCUUCAAAAGAGGAAGAAAUAUUUGGGGUCUAUAGGGAAUAAACAGUCAUACCAAAAUAGACUAUGAUGCUUUUGUUAAGCAAGGUUUCAUGUUUUAGGUAUUUUCUGUCUUAAAUAAUUUCCAAUAAUCUAUACUUUCUAAAAUGCAAUAAAAACUAGUAUGUUUUCGCAGUGUA